GAGACCACCUACGUCUGCAAUGAGACCAAUUCGAGCACCUGGCCGCCCGAGGUUUACUUCAAGCUGGUGGCCGUGGAUUCCUCGGGCACCUGGAGCCUGGGCUUCGACUCCGCCACGGCACGGCUCUUGUGCGUUGCAAGGCCGCUGGCGCCCCCAAAGCCUGC